AAGCUUGCAGAAGCAGAAGAAGAAGAGGAAAACACAUGUACGUACACUACAUGUUUACCUAUUUGAUCCAAAGUGAAUUUUCUACUUGAGGAAAGUCACUAUAUCACCAGAAGUCUCAAGAUCAGUCGUGAAAUCAUGAUCAUUCGGCGUUUCUGAUCUGAUUAAGAUUAGUAUGAACUACUGAAACACAGACUGAUUUGAGCAGGAUCAGUUGAUCUUCUGAUGUAACGUUAGAUAUGAAGCUCAAAGAGCUAGAAAGCUGCCUUCAGCAGGUGGAUGGGUUUGAGGAGCCCAAAAUACUCCUGGAGCAGUACCCCACCAGUCCGCAUAUAGCGGGCUGUAUGUUGUACACCAUCCACAAUACAUUUGAUGACAUACAGCAUAAACUAGUUGCAGACUUGGGCUGUGGAUGUGGGGUUUUGUCUAUAGGAGCCGCAGUGCUUGAUGCUGGACUGUGUGUUGGGUUUGACAUCGACGAAGACGCCUUGGACAUAUUCAAAGGAAAUGUGGAGGAUUUUGAGCUGUCAAACAUUGAUAUGGUCCAGUGUGACGUGUGCUCUAUUGGAUCCUCUUACGCCAAGAAGUUUGACACGGUCAUCAUGAACCCGCCAUUUGGCACCAAGCACAACCAGGGUAUUGACAUGCAGUUCCUGCAGACAGCGAUUUCCAUGGCAAGUACAGCAGUGUAUUCCCUUCACAAGACCUCAACACGAGAUCACAUUCAGAAGAAAGCAAAUGAUUGGAAGGUGAAAAUGGAAGUCAUUGCAGAGCUCAGAUACGACCUGCCAGCAUCUUAUAAGUUCCACAAAAAGAAGUCGGUUGAUAUUCAAGUGGACUUCAUACGAUUCACUCCGACAUAAACAUUUUGGGCAAAAAAGAGCAUGUGUUGUUUUGCAAAAUUUUAGUUUUAUUUUAUAGAUAAAAAUAAACUGUUCUUCAAAAUAA